CAAUUGAUGCUAGACUUUUGCGCUAAUAGUAUUUUGGGUUAAAUAUACAAACCCCCCCCCUGUAAUGUUAGCGAGUUUUUAUUUUAGCCCCUUUUAAAGUUUUUUUUUUCAUCACCCCCUUAACUUGCAAAGAUUCCACGCCAAAACACCCCUCAAUGCCACUUGUUAAAUCAGAUUUAUUAAAAUUAAAUUAAAAUGUCCAUGUUGCUGUAACAUGUUACAUACGUGGCAAUAUUAGUAAAAUAUACAUGCCACACUGUUGUAAAGAGUUAAUAAAGUCAUUUGGCUUUACCCCCUUCUAAAAAUUAGGUUUAGUAACGUUUUCAGACAUUCCCAAGUUAGCAACAACAGUGACGACGGGGACGGCGUAGAAAGGUUUGGUGGACGACGGCGCAAUGUCAGAGGAUAUGCAACACUUCAACGUUACUUUCCACCACGGGGGUGAGUUUAUUAGGGUAAACAGAGAUGAGAUAAUCUAUAGAGGGGGGUAGAUUCUACUAUUUCUGGGUUACACAUAGAAUCAUGGACCAUGGAAAUUGUCGAGAACCUAGUGAAUAAGUGGGGGUACAAGAAAGGGAGCUAUAGGGUAUGGGCGAAGAUAUUGGAAAUAGAUGAGGGUUAUAUUCCGAUUAGAAAGGAUGAUGAUGCAUAUGACUUUGCUUCUUAUUUUUGUGCAAAUGGUACUGAGGGAGACUUAUAUCUGGAACAUGAUGCUGAAAACAUAGAACUUUAUGUGAGGGAACCUACUUGUGUUAAUGGAGUCACUGAUGUAGAUGACUUAGGAGAUGAAGUGGUUGAGGGAUUGGAUGAUAGUGAGGACGACAGAGCCACUGCCUUGUUAGAUGGAUUUGAGGGUAUUGAUGUAACUUUGCCACUAAGGGAAGAGGGGGUAGUUGAUGGAUUGUUGACUAGGCCCAAUAAGAAAUGUGAAGAAGAUGCAUAUGUUAGUGAUUCUCUGUGUCACCUAUAAAUGGCCAAGACAUGUGGCCAGAACCUGAGAUUGAAGACAUGCUACCACUAGCUUACAAACAAGGGCCUGGUAGACCUAGAAAGGUGAGGAUUCGAGAAAGUGGUGAAGAGGGUGCUAGGAAAAGAAGGACUGGGGUUGCAUACAAAUGUACAAAAUGUGACCAGUUUGGUCAUAAUGCUUUGACAUGUAAGAGCCCCACACAGGACCCUGUUGCACUCAAAAGAAAGAGAAAGGUCAAAGCUAAAGUGACUGAGGUUGUACAUGAUGUUGUGCCAAAUGAGGAGCAAAAUAAUGUGGAGACUGAGGUUGUUCAGAAUGAUGAUCAGGAUGCUGUGCAAAAUGAUGUAGAGCCUGAGAAUGUUCAUGAUGCUGUGCCAAAUGAUGUGGAGAGUCAGACCCAGUCAUGUGUUGUAGACACUAGUCAACCACAGCCCAAGAAAAAGAAGACAAUCAAACCUCACCAUGGUUUAAAGAUAAGGAGGAGUGAAAGAGUCAAAUUAAGUUGGUUCAAGAAACCAAUUACUGGUCCAGGUUCAUCUGAGCAACCAAUCACAAUUAUAGACCUUGCAGAGACAUCAUCAAACCUUGGAGUGUCAACUAGGUCUUUGAAGAAAUGGAAGAACCAAAAGAGCAGUUGAUUAUUUUGUGUAUUUUGUAGCAAUUGACAUUAAGUUAACUUGUAAUGGUCUAGUAAUGGUACUAUGUGUUAUGGUAUUUAGUGUGAUGGUAUUUUAUUUUGUGGCCAUUUGUAAUGGUAUUUUGGGUGAUGAUCUACAUGACUUUUAGGGUAAUGACCUAUAACAUUUGUAAUGGUUUUUUGGAUCAAUUUCCUCAAAUGUUAUCUAAUCUCGUAAUUACUUCA